UUUGUAUCAGGAAUAUCGAGAUAAAUCUACACGCCAGGAGAUUGAAACCAGACGACUGCAGGAUUCACAGACAGACCCUGAGGAGAGUUCACCCAGUGAGGAAACCCCAUCUGAAGCAGAACCUACAAGUACAAUCGAAAGCAAAGCUCCACCGCAAAUCAGUUUGCUGAGGAACUCCAACUCCAGGUUUAACUUAUGGCAGGAUCUUCCUGAGAUCCGGAGCAGCGGAGUCCUCAGCAUCCUCCAGCCAGAUGAGAUCAAGCUCCAGGAGGCCAUGUUUGAACUGGUCACUUCCGAAGCCUCAUAUUACAAGAGUCUGAAUCUGCUGGUGUCUCACUUCAUGGAGAAUGAACGUCUGAAAAAGAUCUUACACCAGUCUGAGGCACACAUCCUCUUCUCCAAUGUCCUGGAUGUCAUGGCUGUUAGUGAGCGCUUCCUCUUGGACCUUGAGCAGCGGGUGGAGGAGAAUAUUGUGAUCUCGGAUGUGUGUGAUAUCGUCUACCAGCAUACGGUUAAUCACUUCUCUGUGUACAUCACCUAUGUCUCCAACCAGACCUACCAGGAGAGAGCUUACAAGCAGCUUCUCCAGGACAAGCCAGCUUUCCGGGAAGUGAUCUCACAGCUGGAGCUGGAUCCCAAGUGCAAAGGCCUGUCCUUUUCUUCCUUCCUGAUUCUGCCAUUUCAAAGGAUCACUCGGCUCAAGCUGCUGGUGCAGAACAUUUUGAAGAAAGUGGAAGAGAAGUCUGACAGGGAAACCACUGCCCUGGAUGCACACAAAGAACUGGAAACAGUGGUGAAAGCAUGUAAUGAAGGUGUCAGGAAGAUGAGUCGAACGGAGCAGAUGAUCAGCAUCCAGAAGAAAUUGGAAUUCAAGAUCAAGUCUGUGCCCAUCAUCUCUCACUCCCGCUGGCUGCUGAAGCAGGGGGAAUUGCAGCAAAUGAACGGUCCAAAGACAUCACGAACGCUUCGCACUAAGAAACUCUUCCGAGAAAUCUACUUGUUCCUUUUCAAUGACCUACUGGUAAUUUGCCGGCAGAUUCCUGGGGACAAGUACCAAGUGUUUGACUCAGCUCCCCGGGGGCUUCUUCGGGUAGAGGAGUUAGAAGACCAGGGGCAGAGUUUGGCCAACGUCUUCAUCUUGAGGCUGCUGGAGAAUGCAGAUGACCGGGAGGCCAGCUACAUGCUGAAGGCAUCAUCCCAGAGUGAAAUGAAGCGCUGGAUGAUUUCACUAGCCCCGAACCGGAGAACCAAGUUUGUUUCAUUUACAUCCAGACUUGUUGACUGCCCGCAGAUCCAGUGCGUCCACCCGUACGUGGCCCAGCAGCCAGACGAGCUGUCCCUGGAACUGGCUGACGUCCUCAACAUCCUGGACAAGACAGACGAUGGCUGGAUAUUUGGGGAGCGUCUUCAUGACCAGGAGAGGGGCUGGUUCCCCAGUUCUAUGGGGGAGGAGAUCCUGAACCCCAAAAUCCGAGCCCAGAACUUGAAGGAGUGUUUCCGGGUGCACAAGUCGGAUGAUAGUCAGCGGAGGAAACUGGGCAGCAGAAAUCGCCAAUGACCACUGGUGUCCCCGAGCGCCUGGAGUGCCUCUGAGAGAGGAGCAGAGGAUACAGGCUGCAGCGGUGCUGUGGGCCAUGCUGCCGGACCUGGUGUGCCUGACCAGGCACAUGCACUUCUGAACAGACUGAAGGUCCUGGGCUCCCCGCCAUGCUUCCCGCAGCACUGAUCCUUUCCUGGAGAUCAGUGCUUCGAACUGGCUAAAAUAACCCCUUUCCAGGUGUUCUGUAAAGCCCCAAAGAGCACGAGCCAAACAGACACAGCCCAAAAGCCACCAGGUGCCAGCAGCGGACCCCUGUUCCCCACAGACGUGCUAGCUGGGGCCACAAACAUCACUAAGCAAUUUAUGUCAUCCAGUUUGAGCACUUACAGCUCAUCACAACCUUUCAAGUUUGGGGACCUUCUAAAGCAGCAUCUUACAGAGGUAGAAACUGAAGCAGAGGGAUUGUCUUGCCACCUCUCAUAGAGCCCGUUGGCACCAGGCUGGGACGAGCCCCAGGAACUCCACCUCCUCAGUUCUGCUGUGGCGCCACUGGGCCUGUUCCUGCGGGCAGCCCCUCCAUCGGCUUCCAAACGCUCCAAAACGCUCACUAGCCAGCCCUGCUCCACCAGCAGCCCAGCCUCGCCAGCCCUGACCCACGUCUCUGCUUGCCUGAUGCCCUCGAAGCACGCUUGGGCCUUGCCCCACGGCUCACCCCCCCCUUCUCCAGCCCGCGCCCCUCCGCAGAGCCGCUGCCGAAGCCCGGGCCUCGCAGCCCGUCCUGGUUGACCCGGCACUUGUGGUCUCCGCUACUCGCUGCUGCCGAGGCACAGGGCAGGGUGGCUGUGCUGGUGUCUCCCCGCACACCACCAUGCACCACAGGAGCACCAGCCGGCCCCCCCACACAGCAGGUGACUGAUGUUACCCCAGGAGCUGUUGUCCCGCGCGCUGUGGGAGGCUCAGUGAUCGCUGCCUGCAUGCUUGUAACCCACAGCCCACGCGCACGUGCUCCCUGUACUGGCUCACCACCGUGUAUAUACGCAAAUCCUCGGUCGCCAGCAGCGCCAGAUCGUCACUCCUUCCAGCUGUAGCACUGAGCAUCGCAUGAAGCCCAGGGCACAGCACUGAGACCAGUCAGGGGACAGACCCACGGCACCGCCUGUUGUUUAACAGCUUCGCUCUGAACAGUCCCACAUGUGGCUACAGCUGAGGGCCUCUUGGCUACAGGCUAGUCCCACGCUGUGGCCAGUGUCCAUCAGGGAAAUCAAUUAUUUGGCAUCUUUCUGUAACUGCAAAGGAGAGCCUUGCAGGUGCUGUGGCCCGUGCUGCUGUAUGCUCUGGCGGUGCCACGGUUGUGCUUGGAAAGGGGAUGGAGAGCAGAUGCCUGCCAGCAGAGCCCCACAUGCAGGGCAGAGGAGCACAGACACACCGACAGCAGUGGGGGCAGGCAGCAGGACACCAGGGAUCUGCUGGAGGGGGGCUCUGGAGCUGGGCUUCGGGUCAUCUGGUGCCCAGGUUAUGCGCUGGUGUGUGGCCGGACCCCACUGAGGGAGGCCAGGACUGUCCUCGGGGCGGGGGUGGUCUGCAGCCACCCCCAGCAACAAACUGGUGGGAACCACAGCAACAAAGGGGGUUGCCUGCCCAGGCCUAGCUCAGUACCACCAUGUUAGCAUGUUGCAACAGCCAACAGGGCUGUGCCUGCCCUGGCUACCUGUAGCGCUCCUGAGAGAGGGUCCCUGGGCAGCUCACACCAGCCAGAGGCUCCCAACCCCUUGCCGCUACCCAGCCCAUAGCUGGGGGCCAGGAAGGGACCCCAGCCUCCAGUCUGCUGCUUCAAGUUCAUUUUAAGGGGAGAGCCCAAAGUCCGAUCUCCCCAGCAGCACAAACCUC